CAGCAUAGAAUAAAUAAACAUGUGAAUGGUUCCCCAAAUUUCAGCUCUAGAGCAAAAUACGUGAUUAAACAAUUCUAAAACUUCACGAAAGCGAGGAAAGUUAUUUAUUUUAUAGUGGAGAAAGGUAUAUGAAGUAAAAAUAGAAAGUAGAGCAAAGCAAGAUUGUCGUCUUCAUUGGCGAAAAGUAUCUGUCUCACAAAACUCUGUACAUGCCAAUACGUCGUAAAGUAAUGCCAUCAAUAGCGCAGUGCGGCCUAAGUUUUCAGCGUUCUGUUCACGUUUUUUGAAGAAAGAUCUCUUCAAUUUCUUCUGAUGCAGGAUAUUUCUUAGCACAAUGAGUGACAGUCCUUGCAACUCACCUUAUAUACUUUUGGUUCUAUAUGUACAUAUGAGCAACUUGUGGAAAGAUUGCACGGAUAAAAAUAAACCGAGUAUUCAGCCUGUAUUUUCUUAAACUACUAUAGUUUAAUACUUUGUAAUAGUUUCAGAUAAAGUGCACUAAUUCAUUGCAAAAUGUGCAUACUUUUAAAAUGCUUUCUCCGAUAUAAUGAAUACAUAUAUAAUUAAAAAUAGUGAGUACAAGUAGAGCGUCAUCUCAUUAGUACUGGAAAAUAAAUACCUUUAUUCUAAAUUUUCGACAAAUUGCGCGAAUAUAUAAGAAGAUUAACAGAAUUUCUAUCUAUAAUAUGGUUGCUGGACAUGGAGGCAACAAACAAGUGCACGUUGAAUAAGCUCGAGAAUUUUCUAUGAUCUCUGAUGAAGAGAAAAAGAGGAAAUAGUGGUGAAAGUGCAUUGAGGAGCAGUUUUUGUGUAUUAGUUGGCAGACUAUUUUCCUCUUUCUCAAAGGAAGCAGAGGUUGUUCUUUUUGUUGCUGUGUGCACACAGGGAGAAAGUUUGUGAGCCUCCAGAAAGACACACCAUUGUGCAAAUAGGAGGACGAUGAGACAUGUGUAUCCGAUAGUUUAACUUAACAACGCUCUAAUUGUGGCGAAUCAGAGUUCUCGUCAGGAUAAGAGCAAUCCUUAGUUCUCUGACUAUGUGGUCUGGUUCGAACUUGGAAGCUACAUGUAUUUACUUACGCACGGAGCAAGUUGGACGUAAGAACCCUCAAAUUUGAGAAAGACAGAAAGUGGGUUGGUUGGUUAGUCGCACAAUUAGUGCGACAUAACAAGGACCACUUACACUUACAACAUCCACCGCAGAGGAAUUAAUUUGUUGUUCAUAUAAAAUAUCUUCGCCAUGAAAUCCUAUUAUUUUACCAUUCAUUUGUACGGAAUUUAAUUUGGUUGACUAAAUUGGAAUGUCGUGGUCCAGAACAACGAAGAAAAAUAUAAAAGCUAGAACAGGACAUGUACAAUUUGUUUAGAUUUGUGUGUAUAUAUUGCAUAAUCUAUUUAGUGGAGAAAUAGCCCACACUCUAGUUCAAUGGACUUGACCAGAUUCGUGGAUGCAUGAAUGUGCACGGUUUGGAAGACCUCCGAUUUUUUAAUAUUCCUCGUGCGACGAUCUCUCGGUUUGUAGAUGUGGUUCAUACACAUGCACACGUUUGCUUUGAGCAUAUGCAUAGUAAAUAAGUCCAAAUAGAAGCAAGCGAGUGAGCGACACAGCCCGACAUAAGUUAAACAUAUUGUGCGGAUAUUUGCAAUUUAGGAUUUAGUCGGUUCAACUCACUGUAUAAAAUGUCGUCAUUUAUUUCACCAAAGGAGACCGGAAAUACGUCGUGUGUGCUCUAUUGGUGCUCAGCCAGAGCAGAAAUAAAGGGAGGAAAACAGAGUGAGUCGAGGUUAAAUUGGGAGCCGCUUUCACUUUCCAGCCUAUAACCGCAGUACAGCACAUUGACAAGCAGCAGUCGCUAACCGUUUCAAAUUUCUUUGCCAAUUUUGCAGCCGGCUCAAUUUCCAGUGAGGAUGAAGUGGGUGGAGGGAUAAUUUGUUUUCAUCUCGUAAUGGAAAGCCGUUGGGGAGAGACUGCACAAAGAGGAGAAUAAAAUGACGACUUCUCCUCUCUCCGCAUGGAAAACAAAAGUUGCAAACAUUUCCAGACGAAGGGCAAGGGAGCGAGAAGAGCGACACGCAAUAUGUGGGACGGGUGAAAGUUUUUUGAAGUUGUUUCACCGUGGCUGCUGUGCGGUGAAAUGAAACACAACUCACUCCCACACGGAAUGAAAUGUGAUGUGACUGAUCCUCAUCAGCGAUAGCUUAAUAACAUGACCAACCACACCUCCACCAUCCCACGACCCGACGAAUAAAUAGUGCAUCCCUUUGAUGCCACAUGCAUAUUGUCAGAUACAGCGAGAGCGUGUUUUCUCCAACGCUGCAUAUUCACACAGAUCAGUCUCCGCUUGUUUUUGCAAUUGGAUAAAUGAUUCAAUUCGAACCAAAGUGAGGUUAAUAAAUUAGAGGUCAGUGGCUGCGUGGUAAAGAGAGUUAGACAAUCAAUCUGGGGUGGAAUAUAGGCCUGUGUUUGAUUGUAAAUAAUAAAUUUUAACAUGUAUUCUUAAAAAUUAUGUAUUGAUGAGUCUGUAAUUUGAAGGGAAGCGAGGGUAUCAUAGUUAACGUAUGUAAGGUUAAAGAAAUAAUCGCACAGUAUGGAAAAUUAAUUAUUAUUUCUUAGGCGUGCAUACCUCGAUAGAAAUGAAAAUCUUAUCUCAGAACUUACAACGCUUGCAGCAGUCUUGCACUUUUGGUGUUAUUACAUACACUUCGUCUGAUACGAAAAACUUUCCAUCUUUACAAAUCGUCAAACUUUUAUGUGCUGAAUGGCUUGGGUGAGUACAAACCAACUCGUAGCUUCUCUAGUGCAUAAGUAUUUUUGGGUAGUAUACCAAAGUUUUAAAAAAGUGUUGGAGAAAGGAUAAAAAAAAUGGUUGGAUUAGCUCGAGUUUCGCCCAUGCAUAAUCCCUUUAGCAAAAGAAACAAGAAAAAUUGUUUGCAGCGAAGCAAUAUCCACACCUACCGCAACUUUUUGCUUGAAACACAAAACCCGACGUUGCAGUUUGAAUCAAUAAAGUUUGGAUGAUUGUGAGAAAUGUUUUUCGCGUCGGCCCAAAACUUCUCGGUGAUGAAUGCAGAGCAGAGUUUAGAAUUCAUGUCAUGUUCUGCUGGGUAAAGCACAAAAUAAUAUGAACAAUUUCCUAAUAAAAUUAUUUACUAUAAUUUGAAGGAAAUUAUGUAAUUAAUUAUGUACCCUUUGAAAUACUACAUAACUUUGCUUGGCUAAAUCGCUGUUACACCAUUUCCAACAGGGCUGCUUGGGUGUUCAUUUCUGGAAAUUGUAUAAUUUAUCAAAUGCGAUGACUUCCUCCUCGUGUUCUAAACAAAUAAGUUCCUCCAUCCGUACAUGUUAUUUUAUUUGCCCGAUUGGAACAAUAUUUUGGGACAAAAAAGAAAACUGGUUUGUUCGUGUCCUGGAGUGAUAUUGAGUCUAAUGGAACGUGCCCCUUUCGGCACCAUUGCAUCAAUUUCCUGUCUUACGCAGUUGCACGUUGUGAUGGAGUAUCACAAAGAUAACGUCAUCCUAGGCUUCCUAGUCGUGAAUAAAUCCCCACUUGUCAUCAUGUCCCCAGAAGAUGUUGAACACGCUGAUGUUAAAAAGCAUACGCACAUGAUGCAGCUCUGACCCUAUAAAAAUAGAUCCAUGUGAUGAGUUCUCACUGACUUCCACACUACUGUCAAGACAUGUGUUUUUCCUCCGUAACCCAAUUCUGGAAAAUUGAUCCUAGGAAAUCAGUUUAGACUUUCACAUUUCGCCACUGCUGAUGACCCUCCGGGUGAAAGUCAAGAUCAAGCAUGCCUCCUCAUAUUGCAUACUCUGCAAGUAAGUGGUUCCUGUUUUGCGCUAGUAUCAAACGAUCAACUCCACGUACUUCCGGUAACUUCAACCUCUUCCCAAAAGCACUCAAUGGGCCCGUGCUACGUGAAUAUGUAGAAUUUUUUGCAUGACCUCAAACGAUGCACACUAAUAAGUUUACUGGCUGAUGUAAAAAGUAUCGUCGUUUUCCACUAAAUAUUUAGCUUCUUUCAUUUCAAUCACUAUGCGGAACAGAAUUAAAUAUGCUGUCAGCGUCAGGCAUGUUGCUUAGACAAAAUAUUUUCACUUCCAUUUGAUUAUUAAAUAAUAAAUUGUGCAAAAAUCCAAACUAAAAAGUUGGCUUGCAAAGCAUGGCUUGGAUUCCUCUAAUGCCACAGUUUGCCAAUAUGAUAUGAAAUGUGCAUCAUAUGAAUAUGCAUGCAUAAAUUUACACGCGCAUGUUCAAUGUUCGUGUAAUAUUAAUGUAUACCCACUCAAUUUGUCAGAAAAAGUGCACACACGCAAGUUGAAUUUAUUAGUGGAAAUAAUAAGAGCGUUAUAUAAGGUCGCAGUACAAUUUUCCACUUGACUGUGCCUUCUACACUACGCACAUAGCGGUAUCCGACGGUAUCUCGCCCAUGACUGGGUUAUCCACCGCGGGUCUUGGCGACGCACGAACUAAGCAGAAGGUCGAAACCCCAAAUAACACACAUGUAUUCGUGCAUGCCCAUACAAAAUAUGGUAGCGAGGGGUGGAGAUGAUUAGGUCUUAUCCUAGAAUCAAUGAUAACAGGCAACAUUGUCUAAAAAAUCAGGUUUAAUAAAUUGGGUUUCAUUCAUUCCAUUUCAUUCAUAUUAAAUGAGAGUUGACACAAACCGGAACGCGUAGACAACAAUGGACUUUCCAAGAAAGAAACUCCAAGGUUUUCAGUGAAAGAAAAAAAUUCAGUUCUGAAAAAAUGAUUGGAUUGCCGGAGGUGAAUUUUGGUAACUUUUUCUUACAAACAAUAAGCAGGUGAGCUAGAACCCUAGUUAGAAAAGUACGCGUGGAGCAAAUACGCUGGAAUGUUUGCGGUUGAGACUAAUUUCAUGGCCCAUUUCAGUUAUAAAACUUAACGUAAAAAGAACAAAUAUUGUACGGGCUGAACAAAACUAUGACAAGCUGCCUGUUCAAGUAAAUAUGCGCCGUUGAUCAAGGUACUUACGUUACACGACCCGAAAAUGGCACGUAUUUUUUACUGAAAGAAAAGCUCAUUAUAAAAUGUGUGUCUGGAUACCUAUGCUGUAUUCUGUCUGCCGAUUAUGUGUAGAACUGUAAACAGUAUAUUUAUGCAAAGCCAUAAAAGAUCAAACAUAAGCCACAUGAGGACACGCAAAUGAAGAAUUAAAUACCUCUUUGCGUUUCCUAGAAGUCAACUUGGAGAUACCAAUGUCACUCUUUGUCUUUCCAGCUAUACGUCUUGAAUAACUUUGACAUUGGCAUGUGAGAUGUACAUGUGUUGACGUAUAAUCAAACAGACCAAAAUUGAUACGACGUGCAGUGUUUAUACACACUAGUAAUUCCCUACGAUGACAAUCUAUUAAAGUUCACGCAACAAGCAAUAUUUGCAUCCGUCAAUCAUUAUAUGUUUACACAGUAUUUUAAUUGGCUUUAACAAACUGAAGUAUAUAUGACUUCGUAUAUUUUCGACCAGGGUUAAUUUAUGGGGACAUAAUUACGUAUUAAAGUCAAAAACUUCGGAGUUGCUGCCAGCGAUUUGCUGCUCUGAAAAGAAUGAGACUAUGCAGCGUAAAGAAUCCAGUUAAAUUGUUCACAAGUGGAGUAUAAAACAGUAGAGACUUUUCCGUGUCUUCCGUUUUCCGUAAAAUGCUACAUAAUAUGCAAUUAAAUAGAUCUUUAAGCUUUGAGAAACUCUAGUCUGUGUAUUCUUAAAUAUUCAUCGUAAAUUCUCCUAUAUGGAUAUAGAUGCUAGAUAAGGAAAAAAUGAUUUUUAAUGGUGGUUCAAAAAUAACCCCGCAAUUAAAUAGUUCGGUACAUCUAUAGUUAAUUAAUUUGCAAGCAUUAUGGAAAGUUUACAGCUUAUCGUUAGAUCGAAGUAUGCACUUUCUCUUCAAGACUUACAGAGCCACUACUUCAGGCAAAGAUGAAAGUGAGGAAAAUGAACUAGUCUCCUUAAUAAUUAAAUCACACCUGUGCAUAUGACAUUUGGUACUUCAAAAGCGAUAGAAAAUUGGCAAUUUAGUACUUUUAUAUGUACAUAGUUUAAAUUUAACAUGAGAAGCUUUACAUAAGGCGAUUUUACAUAUAACAAUUUCGAUGGUCCGACUCAAUAAGUCAGGACGCCCAUAAGAAUUAGGACUUCCACAUGAGGUCCGUUCAUGUUAUGCCAAUCUCCCAUUGCUUAUUGAUCAAAGUCGUCUUUUUGGUGUGUCAUUCUACUUGCAGGCAAAAUUGGGAAUCAAGGGCUGGACAGAAUGGAAUGCCCACAUGGUAAAAGAUUAAAGGUCGUGGUUAAUUUUUCAAUAUUCAUUAAACUAAAACUAGUGUCAUAACUAACUGUAAACUUGAGUUUAUAAUGAAUUAAGUAUUUACACCCAAUUAAAUUCUAGUCCGCGUUGACCACUCCUUUUCAGCUGAAUGGUCUCGACGGCAGAUAGUUUUUCUCAUUUGCAUUAGCAUAUCUGCACUAACGGAUGUGCAAUCAUUUCUAAAAUAUGUUGCAUGACCACUUUUUCUUCAUAAAAUGGAGUCUCCGCUCCAUGGCUCGCCUAAAAUGUUUCCCUCUCGUGUGGGAUCCAGUUUCUGGAGGAAUUGCUGUCCUCCAGAAAAGAGCUCAGAUCAUACUCAUUCGGGGGAUUGAAGUACUACAACUUGUUUAUUUUGGGGCAAUGGUGUGCACAAUUAUUAGCCAGGCCAAAGUUGGAUGUACACUCAUCUUGUUGCCGAGCAUUCGGAUGUUGCUGGCCACAUUACUCGUCUACUUGUGGGGGAUGGGGGUCGGUCUGGCAAAAAAGGCAGCCGUAUUAUUGAAUACAACAAUAAAGUUUGAACAAUGGCUUCAAGAUACGUUCAAGACUAUGGAUAUUCUCACAUCGAAGGGAGACGUGAGGAGUCGCAGGAACAAGUUCAUGAGAAAAGUUUUAAUCUUUGCGAAUACAAUGUGUCCAAUUAUCGCAUUGACAAGAAUCCGGCGUAUUUAUGCUAAUUGUUGUAGUCCACCGUACUUGGGAUUCGCUUUUGGAUACUGCACAGGUUGCGGCAUGCUGGUGACAGAAGGGAUUUACUUGAGCCCGGCGUGGAAACUGAUUAAAAUCUUGGUCAUGUUUGCUGACGGGUAUCACAUUGCCGUCAAAGUCUUCAAGUCUUUCUUUCUCUUAUUCAAUGUCACUCUGCUGGCCAAUGGGUGCGUUCUGGACUAUCUGGAUUUGCUUGAAAGGAUGACGAAAACGAGUGUGAGCAGCGCCUUUGGGAGGCGAAUAGGUCUCACCACCCGCAUCAAGCUCUACCGAUGUCUCCAAGUGCUGGAAAAAGAACAGAAUAGAUUUGGCUCUGAACGCGUGGUUCCAGCCAUCCUCGUGGUUGCCCCCAUCGUCCAAAUAUUCUGCACCUUCGUCCUCAUCAAGCUCGCCCGAUCUCUGACUUCGGAGGGGUAUAUCACCUACCCCUUCAUCAUUUCCGUCUGCGUCGUGGCGUGCAUGCUGUUUGAAACAUUUGCUGCACAGCUGGGGAUCAAAUCCAAGAAAUUGUCAGGUGAUUGGCUGAUGGAGAAGAACAUCUCCAAAAUCAACCGUAGAGUUAUCAAAUCAUUUCAACCCAUCAGGAUCAAGGUUGGGAGCAACUUCAUCGACCGGGGAACUGCACUGGUCACGCAGGACUUUUGCAUAACGCAAACAGUAUCUUUGCUCCUUAUGUAGAUGAGCGAAAUAUGACCCACAGGACCCACUUGGGAUUGAAUUAUUGUUAGGAAUUUAUUUAUGAACGUGGUUAUGUAUACAUGCGGAUUGAAUAAUAUGUAUGUAGAAUAUGAUUAAGUCAUUGCUAAUAUUCCAACAAUAUUUAUUAAUACAUGUUUUUAACAGGAAUUAAAAUCAUAUAUGUAUGACAUGACUUUCAUAUGGUUAUGAUAAAGUUAUAACUUUGGAGUCUUCUUCUUUUCAGGUUAAAUGGUAAAGUUAACAAGCGAAACACAAACUGAUAUGGUUAACAAAUGCAAAGUUUUUGAUUCAACUAUGUAUGACUUUCAAAUUUUGUUAUCAACAUUUAGUUAAUGUUUAUGAAAUCAUGAAUUUAAAUUGUGACAUUAAUUAACAAGUUAUAUGAUUAUCAGAAACUCUACAAUUUAUAUUGACACUUUAAAUAUUUUGAGACAGUACGUACAAGGACAACUUCGAAUAAAAAAAAUUCGAUAAAG